UCACUCUCACGAUAAAGACGACACUCUCCCCUAACCAAAAUCCAAAUCUCCCUUCUUCCCCCGCCCUAAUUCCUUCAGGAACAAGCUCGGAGCUUUGCCCAAGAAGCUUCACAACGCAAGACUCUCUCUGCCUCUCUCUCUCCCUCUCUCUGCCCUAUAUCAAUCCCAAUCUCUCUCCCUCUCGGUCCCUUCAAGAAAGCACACACCCAAGAACCCUGAAACCAUAAAGAGCUCCAAACUUUGCCUAUAAACAAAAACGCACGCGCACGCGAGCCCAAGAACCAAGAGCUCAAACCUUGCCCAAGAAAAUCCCAUCCAACCACAAACGCAUAUGGGCACUUUGGUGGGUCACGUCGCACCGGGGUUCGGCUUCUUCCUCAUCGGCUUGUGGCACUUGCUCAACCACAUCAAGCUCCAUGCCGCCCACCCCCGGUCCUACAUGUCGCCGCCGUGGUUCGCCGCCUCGCGGCUCAGGUACUCGGAGCUCCUCGCGAUCAUGGCCGGUUGCUGCAUGUCCGUGGCCAUGGAGCUCUUCGUCAGCCCGAUGCGCCACCAGCCGCUAGACUCGGACUGGACCAUCCCCUCCAACCACCUCCACAACUUCGAGCACUCCCUUAUCUCCAUCUCCUUCUUCACCUACGCGGCUUCCGCAAUAGUCCUCGACAAGGCCAUGACCGGGCCAAACACGGCCACGGCCAAGAACGGGCUGACCCAGCUGAUCGGCGCCGUCGCCUUCGCCCAGGAGCUCCUCCUCUUCCACCUCCACUCCACCGAUCACAUGGGCGUCGAGGGUCAGUACCACCUCCUCCUCCAAGCGGUCAUCGCCGUCUCCCUAGCCACCACCCUCCUCGGCAUCGCCCUCCCCAGGAGCUUCCUCGUCAGCGUCGUCCGGUCGACGAGCAUCCUCUUCCAAGGGGUCUGGCUCAUGAUCAUGGGCGUCAUGCUAUGGACCCCCAGCCUGAUCCCCAAGGGGUGCUUCUUGAACUUGGAGGAGGGUCACGAUGUGGUCCGGUGCCACUCCGAUGAGGCACUUCACAGGGCCAAGUCGCUGGUCAACAUCGGGUUCGGGUGGUUCUUGAUCUUGAUCACGGUGUUCUCGGUGGGUCUCUACUUGGCGCUCGUCAAGAUUUACGGAGAGACGGUGGAGUAUCGGUCCCUAACGAAGACUACAGAGCUUGACGAAGAAGAAGAAGAUGAUGGCGGUGAGAGCGAUGACGUCGAGUCGCAGAAGAAAAUCAAAUUUGGGGAGCCCAAGAGCUUCAUCCACGUGGGUAACUCGAAAACCUUCGCACCCAUCAACAUCGAAAGGUAGAUAUGAGCAAAUAAUAAGGGAAAAAAUGGCAAGAAAAGGUUUAAAAAAAGAGUGAAAAGAUAUGUGUGCAGGGAGACGAUGAUGGUGAUUAGGUUUCGGGGGUGUAUAGAUUAUGUUGGUGGGGGUACCGAUUACGUUUUUUCUUCUUCUUUCUUUUUUUCUUCUUCGGGAUUUACAAAAUUGUGGAGUUAUGCUUUGUAUUGAAAAAGAUUUGCAUAGUUUAUGGGGUAAAUUAAAUUAAGUUCGAAAAAAAAAAAACAGUGCAUGGUUUGUGGGGACAGUCGUGCUAAUCCUGAGGUUCCGAAUUGAUGGCUCCAGCUUAGGGUUUGAAUAUAUUGGGUCGUGUGUUUGUAUAGAAAAACAGUUGAUUAAUAUCAAUUUUUCAUUGUA